AUGGGUCACCAGCAGCUCUACUGGAGUCACCCGCAGAAGUUCGGCCAGGAAUCCUACUCCUGCCGCGUCUGCUCAAACAGCCACGGUCUGAUCCGGAAAUACGGGCUGAACACGUGCCGCCAGUGUUUCCGGCAGUACGUGAAGGACAUCGGCUUCAUCAAGUUGGACUAA